UGCGAACCGGGGGCUCACAGACUACCAAUCGCGCCCUAUCAGUUUGAUACACUUCUCAUCUCCCGUGGUGUCAACUGGGCUGUACAAAAUAUCCCAACGAAGACACGGAACUCGGGCAGUCAGCCGCCGGUUGUCGUGCCUCCCCUGCUUACGAUACCACGUAUCCGCCCCUAUUUCCCGGAGCGGCUGAAGUCCGACGGCGAGCCACAGAGAGGUGGCAGGCAGCGUGAUCUGCAGCAGCAUUCUAGUUUCCGUCUGCAGGCAAGGUUAAUCCAUCGUCGAAACAACAUAAAGAGGCUGUCCUAGUACCAGUCAGGAUGAAGUUCAGAGGCGUCUGCAGGAAGCUGUAUGAUUACGUGCGGUAUGAUCUCAGAGAGAUUGCGUUCCCGUCUUCUCUGCCAGACCCUCCGGGCACCAAGAGGCGUCCUAAGCUCUCACUGAAUGAGAAAUGGUGCAUCCUCAAGGAGGCAACUAGGCUCUAUGCGGCUUCAUGGGUCAGGGACAUCGGUCCUGAGCUCAGGCCAAAUGAUUACAAGGCAAAAGAGGAACCCGGCCCCAACAUCACCGAGGAGGGGAAGACUACAAGUGAGCCUACCAUGCUUGAGGAUCUUGCGGUGGCAGCGAGGGGCGGGGCAGAGACCCUGAAGCCCGCGCUACGUCGCAUAUACAUGACCCGUGCGUCGACCUACACGAGUGCGGUGAAGAACUAUGUGGAGACAUAUCAGGAAGGGCUGAAGGAUGUCUUGGAUGAUAAGGCUGCUGGAAAAGGUCACCAGCAAGGCAACGAGGCAACAAAGUUGUCAACAGCGACACCACCACCACCAUCAUCAUUGUGAUCUUUUUUUGAGUUUACGAGGAAAUAUUAUCAUCAGGAAUCGCAGCUUAGCUCAUAUAUGAUCUUCAGAGUUGAUGUCCUUCUAGUUGUGUAGUGUGUUACCCAUUUCCUAGUUUUUUCUUCUUCAUGCAGGUCCCUGAUCUUGUUUAUCUUCUACUCUGCAUUUUGUGAACUCUGAACUGUACUCUACAUUGUUGUUUGGAGAUUGUUCUCCGGUUUGUUUCAGUUCCAGUUGUUUCUUGCUUCAUUCACAUUGAAA